AUGUCGGCAUCAGGGUAAAGCCUCCCCUCAACCAUGUAGUGCUCCCACAUAUCACUUGAUGCACUGAUGCUUGCGCUCCUAUGACCAUGUUCACGCUCUCAGCUCGUCGUUUCCCGUACCACCCCCACCAGACUAUGGCCCAUCCCACCCAAUCCAUUCAAACAACCCCAACCCGAACACCACCUCCUCACCCCUCCCCUCCGACCCACCACCUCCACCACCCCCUUCCGAACCCCUAACCGACGCCCAACUCACCGCCCAACUCAACGCCUCGACCUUGAAAUUCUACAAACACACCUACCUCACCUUCCUCAGCUACUACGUGCCCCGUCUAACGCUCCUUUCGGCCGGAUCGUUCGUGCUCAAGUUGUACCUCCUUCCGUGGCUUUUCAUUGGCAUAAGGUGGUUGGGCAGAUGGGUCGUGUACGCGUUCGAGAAGCUGCUCUUUGGACUCGUGUGGAUCGCCAGUUGGGGGGCCCUCUACUCUAUUGGGAUCGGGAUCUUGGGAGGUCUAUUAGCGGGUGCGGCUAUGUGGCUGUGGUUCGAAUGGCCGAGUCUGAGUAGCGCUUAUCCGAGGGGAAGUAAGUCGGCACUCUAUGGGACUUCGUCGCUCGUCGUUGGGUGGAUAGGAUUCAGUUCGUUCAAGACCGGUAUCGGACUGGGGAUUGUCGUGGGAGGUAUAUGGAUUCGAUCAAGGUUCGCGACGAGGAACAAGUUCGGUGCAAGGGCAUUCAAGAACGGUCGUCUGAAUCAGGGUCGGAUCGAGGAUUUGGACGAGGUGGAUGAGGCGACGCAAAGGAGGUUGCAGAAAUUGAGGGAGGCGUCCGAGGCGAGGAGGAGGAAUCAAAAAACCACUUCGACUUUGGAUGGGACGACCACGGCAGAGGCAGGAGCGCAUAUCCCGCGAAAAGCGGACGAGGAGGGAGAGGGGGAGGACGACGACUUGAUGGACCGGGAAGCCGAAAGGUGGGCACGCAAGGCGAGGGAGGAGAUGUUGAGGGAGGAACUGACGAGGAGAGCGAGAGGAGCUGGAGGGGUAUUGAGUGGUACGACAACUAGGUCGGAGGACGUCGAUGUCGGGGCGGGGGAUGCUCUGGAGUGA